UCAAAAGGAGUUUUGUUCUUCAGGAGCGCUUCGGAUUGCUAGAUGUACCCAUGAAAGUUGCCGAGAACUUCUCCAAAAUUUCUAAACAGUUGCCAGAACAUGGCGAAAUUAUCGCUCGCAUGCAACAAUUUCACGAAAAAAAACUGUGGCACCAACUCACAGAAGAGAUUGUCAAAUUUAUUUGGCUCGACAACAUAGCCGCUAGAAUCGAUCUUGUACAGUUUUACAAUGAAGUCGUGUUAGAUUUCGCACCGCGGAUGAACCAGCUACGACUUUGUCAGAUAGCAUCAGAAGUUUGUUACCACAUGACAGAUCCAAAAAAAAAACUUGAGUUCUACGAGAAGCUGUCGUCUGCAAAUCAUAUUACAGAUGAUGCGGAAUCUCACAUCUUUGCUCUGUCACUUUAUGUCAGAGCACAAGUUGAAAAUGGACUUAUUACAGAGGCUAUGGCUGUAUUGGAUGAAUGCGAAACAAAAUUGUCGGAUUUGAACUAUGCUGAUUCGUGUGUACAUGCAGCCUAUUAUAGAGCCAAAGCCGCCCUCUAUCAAUACAAGCAGGAUUUCAGCGAGUUUUAUUCAAACGGUCUGCAGUAUCUAGCAUAUGCUCAAGUGGAAAUGGUUCAUGCAUCCGAUCUGGAAACACUCGCCUUAGACCUUGCUUAUGCUGCAUUGGUUGGAGAGAAUAUUUAUAAUUUUGGUGAAUUGAUUGAAAGCCAGAUUUUGAAUUAUAUCAAAGGCGGACCGUCUGAAUGGGUUUGGCAAACCAUAGAAAUGUUUAGCAAAGGUGAUAUUGAAGGUUGGGAGUCCUUAAAAAGUCGAUGUUCCAACCAACUUUGUCAACUUUUUCAUGGUAAUUAUGAAAUUUUAAAUCAAAAAAUGGCAACUUUGGCUGUCAUCGAAUUGAUUUUUAACAGACGCUCGUCAGACAAAAACAUCAGUUUUUCAGAUAUUAUGAAUGUUAGUAGGAUCGGAGCAGAAGAGGUCGAAUUGUUGCUUAUGAAGGCGCUCAGUUUAGGGCUGAUUCGGGGACGAAUCAAUGAAACUGAACAAUUUAUUAACGUGACUUGGGUACGCCCUCGCGUAUUACUACCAUCUCAAAUUGAGGCAAUGAAAAAUAGGCUGGAUAGAUGGGGUGAGACCGUCAAAGACGCACUGAAUUUGAUAGAAAAUCAAAUGACACCAGAAUUGAUUUCAUAAAAAUUUAGAAAAAAUACUUCUGGGAAAGAAAUAUGAAAUGCAGUAAAUAUUCUAUUACGUGUA